UGCUGCUCCGUCGUUGUUGCUGUCCUCGCUUAGCACCAGCAAUACACCAAUUAGUAGUCACCAUAAUACAUCGGAAGAAGAAGCGUGGAGUGAGACGUCGGGUGAUACUGUGGACUCGUGGGGCUCCGCUGGAACUCGUGUUGGCGCGGAACAAGAACAAGAUUUAGUGGUUAACUAUGAGGAUCAAAUUAUUCAAUCCAUUGAAGACUUGGAAGAAAAAAGAACCAGUAAAAGAGAAGAAGCUUUGACAAAAUUGAUACGUCUUCUCUCACAUAGAUAUGCUGCUGAAGUUCUUGAAUCACGAAGUCAGACAUUAUUAGAUCUGUUGAAUCGAUCCGUCAAGAAAACUAAAAGCUAUACAGAAAACAGACUUGCUGCCAAAGUUAUGUCGCUGUUGUUUAUUACACUCGGUGAAGGACAAGAGGCAAUGUUCUACGACAUAUUAGAAUUGUUUAAGUACACUAUCACAAAUAAUGCGUCUACCGAAGUCAAGAGUGAAUGCAUUAAUACACUAGGUCUGGCCUGUUUUAUCGCUGCAUCAAAUAAAGACGCACUCGAAUUGCUAGACUUCUUUUAUAACAUUAUUUCCUCGAACGCGAAAAACAUUCAUGCGGUUAAUGACCCCGCUUCACUCACGAGCGCGUUGAAUGCCCAUGGUCUAUUAUACGCUGGUUUAUGGGGAGAUUACCGUGAAAGUAAGUCGUCAUCGUCUUCGGGUCCACGUGCCCAAUUCGAACGUAUAAUGCCUACUUUGAUGAGACAACUUGAAUCGACAAUUAUGGAAGUCCGUGUUGCAAGUGGUGAGAAUAUUGCGUUGAUGUUCGAUAUUCUGGGUAUUGGUGUAUUGCUGGUGCUAAGCGAGGACAGCAACAACGACGGAGCAGCACUUUGGC